GUACCGAUAACCGGCGGUUACUGGUUAACCGUUAACCGGCGGUAUCGGUAUACGGCAGGAGAAAUUCGCGAGGCGGUAUACCGACCUAUAAUCGGUAAGUAACCGCCGGUUACUCGGUAUAACCGAGUAUACCGAUAGAAGGCAAAACCCCUCUCCCCUUUUUCAAUCAGUUGAUUCAGUUCCUUCACUCCACCUGCUCUCUCCCUCCUCCCUCUUAAUCUCCCUCAAAUUAUCUCUUCCUUCCACAAACAGAACCUUCACCGUGAGAGAUUCUGUGAAACCCCCUCCUCUCUUUCUCGAUUUCUUGAUUCAGACCAUGACCGCCGAUUCGUCAUCGUCAAUGGGAUGCGUCGUCACCGGAGAGAGGGCAAAGAGCGAUGGGUUUGCUCGCCCAACCACCACCUCUUUCCACUCCUCUGCCGCCGUCGUUGGAAGAACCCAGAACCGAGUCCGACGCAUCGCUCUCCUUUUCGAACACAGCAUCCAAUCUGGCGACUCUCUCUCCCUCUAGAUUCCAGAUCCGGCUCCAUGCAACUCCCUUGUGCGGCGACUCUCUCUUCCUCUCGAGGUCAGAUUCGGCGAGAUGCAGUCUCCCACCCGCAACGGUUCUCAGUCAGUCUAGAUGGCGGCGAGAGGGAGGGCUACGACGAGAUGGCGGCGGGAUGGUUGCCGGAGAUCUGGAUCAAGAGAGGAGGCACCCGGAUUUCUUGACACCCCCAAAAAAUCCCUAAUCGGGCGGCGACAACGACUGGAGGUUGGAAUGGUGGUGAGGGCAGAGAGUAAGCUUGUUCGAUGCGGCGGCGACAACGGCGACGGCAGCGGCUGGCGGCGAUUAGUGUAGGGAUGGGGAGAUGAGAGGAAACCGAGAGAGGAGGUCUGAAAAGGUUGGGGAGAGGUGAACGAGAGAGAGAGGUGGUCUGGGGAGGGUUCAAGAGAGAGAGAGAGAGUCUGAUUGUCGAGAAUGGGUGAAUGAGAAAGAGAGGAGGAGGUGUGUCUCGCGGGUAGCCGGUAUAACCGGUUUGUAACCGUUAACCGAGUGUUCGGUAACCGGUAUCGGUAUCCGGCUUCUCCUCUGUCGUGAACGGUAUACCGGUAAUCGGGUCGGUCGGUAACCGGUUAACCGGUUACCGACCGAUUACCACCCCUAUGGAACGCUACAGUUUUUAAAGUCUUAUCUUAGUAUUCUGGCCGUCCCUCUUCCCUAUCUCGUCUAGGGUAUUGAGUUUGUAUAUAUGUAUGUUUGUAGACGGUUGCUUGAAGGUAAGUUUGAAUACAAGAGUUGAUAGCAUCGGCCAUAUGGAAUAGUUUGGUUCAUUCUGAACAAAGAAACCACGUAAUCCCUGUGUGUUCUUUGUGUAAGGGUCGAUUAUUCCUUCAUCCGAUCUAGUUUCAAUUAUUUUUUGGAUGAGAGUGAUACAGGUUACUUUUUAGUUUCGAUUAUCUAUCAUGGUAUCAUAGCUUACCAGUUUGAAUUCCAAUCCUAUCGGUACACAUGCUGAAAGUCCAAAGCAGUACACAAAAUAAGUAAAUUUUACAUUACAGUCCUAUGAUAACUAUUAGUCUAUUACAACAUUACAAUCCAAUGAUAACUAUUACAAAGUUUACAAUCAAUUCCUCAGCUUCAUAUCUUUAGACAACAUGAAAAGAUGUAUAGGGAAAUUAAAGAAAAGAUUGGAGAAUGACAUAUCGGCCUGCCAAAAGAAGAAUACAUGAACUCAUCUGAUAGAGCACAAAUAUAAUGCGAUCCAAUCUUUGGUUGGUGAAUUUCAUAGAAACAGUAGGGAAAAAAAAUUAGAUUGACUUGAUAUCUGAAUGGAACAAAAUGUAAUAAUGAUCCAAUUGUUUUUAUUCAAUAAAAUAAUUUUUUACUAUUAGAUCGCGGUACUUAUAAUUUAAUCGGAUCAGUAUUGGACCGGACCGUUGUACAGGGUAAGCCACUAGAGUUGCCCGUAACUGAAACAAAGAUCUCGUGAUAUGCAUCUCAAGUUGGCUGGGCUGCAAAUCCAAGGGGACCAAAAUUCAUGGGCUGGGCUCUUGUAAAGUGGGUCCGUUUGCGGGCCGACUACUAGUUCUGACUUCUGAGGAAUAGUGAGAAUUUGUAGCUCGUUAAUUACAGCCUUUUGGUCGUUCGGUUACUGGUUAACCGGUUGGUUAAAUCGAUAACCGGCCGGUUAUUCACUAACCAAAGUAAUCAAACUUCGAUCGGUUAUUGGUGGCUGGAUGAAAUGGUUUUUUAUCUUAAAAGUGAUUCGGUUAACCGAUAAUCGAGAUAACCGAAGUCUAUUUCGAACGGUUUUCGUUAGGGGGAGUGGUUAUUUCGGUUAACCAAUAACCGGCCGAUCGAUUAUCGAUUUUACCGAAAUAACCGAACUGCCACCCCUAAAUGUACGUUCGCUCGCUGCUAGUAAAUAAUAUGAAGGGUACAAUGUCCACAUCAUGGACGUGAGGACGUCGCAUAUCAUAGUACAAAUAUUGGAUGACAAAAUCGAUAAAUCAUUUAUUUUGUUUAUGAAAAAAAAGUUCAAAAAAAAAAAAUCUCAUACAAAGCAAUCCCAACUCAUCACUAGGAAGGAAAAUUGCCCGGAGAACACUUUGAUAAAUAGAAAAGCAACUCGAAUCACCAAAGACACGCAAUGAAAGAGCACAACAAAUGGAAAAGACGCGCUCGUACAUGAAGAACAAGAAAACAAAGCAGUCAUACGUAA